AUGGAGGAGGAGGUCCAUGGCAUCGUCAUUGUUGGUGGUGGCAUCUGCGGUCUCGCCACUGCUCUUGCUCUUCACCGGAAAGGGAUUCCUAGCCUCGUGUUAGAGAAGUCGGAGACUUUACGAGCGGCUGGCGGGUCCAUUGGUGUCCAUGCCAAUGGAUGGCGUGUUCUAGAGCAACUUGGGAUUGCUGCAGAGCUCCGGAAGACUGCCGACGUAGUUACUGAGUUUCACGAUGUGUGGCAGCAAGAGCAAGGAAACAAGAGCGCCGUGGUACCUGUCAGGGGGGAGCUCCGAUGGUUGAAAAGGAAGGACCUGAUCGAGACAAUGGCCAAGAACAUACCUGCAGGAGCAAUCCGCUUCGGCUGCCACAUUGCAGAGAUUCAUCCAGCAAAUCCUGACAACCAUGGCGCGGUUCUCACCACACUCGACGGCAGUAUCAUCAGGGCCAAGGCCCUGAUCGGAUGCGACGGCUCAAACUCAGUGGUCGCCAGGUACUUGGGCCUGUCCCCGCCGAGAUCAGCCUCCCGCAUGCUUCUCCGCGGAUUCACGAGAUACCCGCAGGGGCAUCCAUUCGGGCCCCAUUUCCUGCGCUUGAGAUGCAAAGGUUUCUUCGUCGGCCGCUCGCCCAUGACCGACCACCUCGUCAGCUUCUUCGUGGCCUUCUGGCACCCCGGCGCCGGCGCCACCAAGGACGCGCGCGCCAUGAAGGCCUUCGUGCUCGAGAGGCUCAAGCUCCAGUGCUGCUCCGACGAGGUCGUCGAGAUGGUCCGGGGCCUGGACCCCGAGUCGCUCAUCGUCCUGACCAGGGUCUGGUACCGGCAGCCGUGGCAGGUCAUGUCCAGCAGCUUCCGGCGGGGCACGGCUACGGUCGCCGGCGACGCGAUGCACGUCAUGGGGCCGUACAUUGGCCAGGGGGGCUCGGCGGCGCUGGAGGACGCCGUCGUGCUCGCGCGGUCGCUGUCGCGGGUCGCCGGCGGCGGCGGGCGCGAGCUGCGCCAGGAGAGGAUCGGCGCAGCGAUGGGGGCGUACGUCAGGGAGAGGAGGCUGAGGGUGGUGAGACUGUCGCUCGAGUCCUUCGCCAUGGGGACGAUGCUGGCGACCAAGUCGCUGCUCAUGAAGCUCGCCUGCUUCGCCGUCGUGACUCUGCUGGGCACCAACUCGCUGGGCCACACCAACUAUGACUGCGGUCGCCUCUAG